AUGUCACAACCGACGAUAACGGAGCUGCGUAAGCCUCGGCUCACUCCAAUUCAGUCUGAAAGAACCCUGGCGAUAUCAAAGGCCGACCACGACAAUCCUGCACACAAGCGUAAUGAUAUGGCCCCCAACGGUGAAAUAUCCAACAUCAAUUCCCGGACUCACAUCAGCCACUCGCCUUCAUACGUGGCUUGUCGCUCGCUGGACCAUCUGCUUCUGUCGGAACAAAAUGUGUCCGUCAACGACGAGAUUUCGGCGCACAUCGAGGGUAUCUCUGGAACUCAGAGUACUCCCCGCGUUAACUUCGAGAAUGACUUCAUACAUAUGGCUUCAGUACAGCCUCUCGACCAGAGCAACAAUCCGAAUUCCCCACCAAACAUGGAUCCAAGUUCCAUAUUUAGUACCGCGAGCCUUUCGCAGACUGAAUAUUUGCCCUUCAGAGGGCAACCAAACAAGCGGUUCGACAACCAAUUCGACCGCUAUCUUGCGGUCUCACAGGAACAUGAUGCACUUCUGCACCCCGCGAUUCGGAGUGCUCCUUGGAUGGAUUGGCCCACCUUCAAUGAGUCUGGUGCAAAAUCCUACUCAACUUCCUAUAGUCAGCCUCUAUCGAAUGCGAGCUUUUUUGACCCCUAUUUCGGCUUUCCUGAUCUCGCCCCCUUUUCGGACGAUAUCCCGAAAGUAGAUGAAUUUUUGCCAUUUCUCACCAUUGAUGGUGCACCCAAUAACGACGCCUACGGAUUGGCCAGCCGUAGUGACGACUCCGAAUCAGAUCCGAGUCACAUCACUCUUUUUUCCGACGGUGAUACGACCCACGUGCAGCCUCUAGCAACGAGCAAUCUGAAGUCCGUCGACAUUGAUAAAAUUCCGAAUCUGGCAGGAACCGAUGCUAAUGCCUUUCAAAGGCAGCUGUAG